AUGGCCGAGGACGAAGCGAAGCCCGAGGAGACUCCCGUCGAGGAGCCCGAAGCGAAGGAGCCGGAGGUUGGCGAGAAGCGCAAGGCGGAGGAGGACGCCGAGGGCGGGGAUGAGGCCGGCGAGAAGGAGGCGAAGGUUGAGGAGAAGGUGUGGACGCCCGUGAAGCUCGGCCCGAAGACGUUCAACAGCCCGGACGAGAUGAUCAAGUAUUUCUCGUGGCUCCUUAACGCCAUGACCAUGAACCAGGACAUGAACGAUUACGAGCGCAUGGUCGUCGAGGCGUGCCUCAGGGACGCGCACCCGGAGGCUGAGAAAAAGAUCGGGUGCGGGAUCAAGAGCUUCCAGAUCCGCACGCACCCGGAGCACGACAGCCGAUGCUACAUGGUGGUCCGCACCGACGGCACGUGCGAGGACUUCUCCUACAGGAAGUGCGUCGAGAAGCUCUUCCCGGGCUGGGAACCGCCGGCGAGGAAGGAGAAGCCCGAGAGGGGCGGCCGGGGGGGCCGCGGCGGAAGAGGCGGCGGCAGGGGCGGCGGCAGGGGCGGCGGUCGCGGAGGCGGUCGCGGCGGCGGUCGCGGCGGCGGUCGCGGCGGCGGCGGUCGCGGCGGCAGGGGUCGCGGCGGCAGGGGGCGCGGCGGUCGCGGCGGUCGCAAGUGA